CCCCCACGUCUUAUUCCACAGUUUGUUCUCUCUCCUCUGUGUGCCCAGAAAUCCUGGAAAACCAAAAUCCCCAGAUUUAUCUUUUGUUUCGCGAUACGGUAGGGACGGGAGAGAAUCACAAUUGGGACGGAAGCCAACACGAACAAGCGAGCAAACAAACAAAGCAACCAAAGAUAACACAAAAAUAGCUUUAAGGCAGCAGGACAUGCAGAGCCAGCCCACUAAUUAAACUGCGCCGCACCACUCCCCGAACUCAUCAGAUACUCACUCACUCACUCGUCAGCCUAGAGAGAGAGAGGACGGAGGGGAAAAAAGGCGUGAGCAGAUUGCGAUACAGAGAGAGAGAAAGGGGGGGACGCCGGGAGGGGAUAUCAUAGAUAGCGCAGCAGCAGCAGCGGGCGCAGCAGAGCAAGGGAAAAGGCCCAAACAACAAGUGAGAGGAGAGAGAAGAAGAGACGAAAGCUUAGAAGAAGAGAGAUCCACCUCGAAGUAACCCCCCCUUCCCUUCUCCCCUUCUUCCUCUUCCUCUGCUCUGCUUGCUUGCUGCUGCAAGGGAAGUGCUUAUAGCCUGCCGCGGCUAAGAAUUCCUGGGCUCUGCUCUGGGGUGAGAGGAUGAGGGAAGAGGAGGAGACGAGCUGGUUCACCAGGUGGGAGGAGCAGCUGCCGGCGCCCGACGAGCUCAUGCCGCUCUCUUCCUCGCUCAUCACGCGCGAUCUCGCCGCCGCCUUCGACAUCCCCACCACGCACGGCGGCGGCGGAGGCGCCGGCGCGGACGGCGCUGGUGGCGGCGCUGGCGCGGGGGAGAUGAACGGCGGGGGCGGCGCGUCGUCGGCGGCCGGGUCGAGCGGCGGCGGUGGCGGGGGCGGCGGCAACGGCGACGAGCCGGCGAGGACGCUGAAGCGGCCAAGGCUGGUGUGGACGCCGCAGCUGCACAAGCGGUUCGUGGACGCGGUGGCGCACCUGGGCAUCAAGAACGCCGUGCCCAAGACGAUAAUGCAGCUGAUGAGCGUCGACGGGCUCACGCGCGAGAACGUCGCCUCCCACCUCCAGAAGUACCGCCUCUACCUCAAGCGCAUGCAGGGGCUCGGCAACGGCGGCGGCGGCGGCGGCGGGGGCAGCCACUCCUCCGGCUCCGGGACCGACGCCGCCACCGAGCACCUCUUCGCCACCGGGCCCUCCCCCUUCCUCCCGCCCGGCCGUGGCGCGCCGCCGGGCGCCGACCCGUACUCCACGCCCUUCGCCCCCAUGGCGACCCACCCCCAUCAUCACCCCCACCACCACCACCCGCCGCCGCCGCAGAUCGGGCACUUCCACCACCCCGCAGCGCGCCCGCUCGGCCACUACGGCGCCGCCGGCCCAGUCGGUGGCGGCGGCUUCGACCACGGCUUCCUCAGCCGUGCCGUGGCCAGUGGCGGCGCGCCAGUCGGCCCGCCCGGGAUGCACCGCAUGGUCGGCGGCGGCGGCGCGAUGGGGAUGAUGGCGCCGUCGUCCUUCGCCGACGAGCUAGAGCUCGGAUCCCGUGGCGGCGGCGGAGGCGGCGGGGGUGGCGGGCGCCGCGAGCUGACGCUCUUCCCGACGUCCGGCGACCACUGAGGCCCGCUCCACAACGACGGUGACCGGCAUCGGAUGGAUGGCGGACGCAUCCGUCCGUCCGUCCUCGGGUAUAUAAAAUUCGUUUUCCCCUCUGCCGCCGCUGCUUAGUUCCCCUAGAUCGGCAUACAAAUCGAUCAGAGAUUCACCAGAGGCCAACAAUUCUCGGGAAUUAGCAAGCGCUCCACCAUCCAUCCAAUCCAUAUUUUCCACCCCUGUCACAUCGCCCGUUCAUGCUGCUUCUGUUCCUGUGUUGCUGCUAUUUGUCAUUGCUCUUCCUAUUCUCUCCCCCUUUUUUCUUCUUCUUCUUGCUGCUGAUGACAUAAACCUUAGCCUUAGAGAUGAUUAUUUUAGAUGGUAAAAAAGUUGUGAAAAUUGGCUAGUGCUUUCAUGUUCGUCGUCCAAGAAAAAACUGAAUCCUUGCGAAUUGCGCCGAGGAUCCAGGGGGUCAUCUUGGUCCUUGAGUGAUGUAAACCAUUGCAUGUGAGCUGAGACCCCUCCAAAGAAGUGAUGCAAUCAUCUAGCCGUUUGCAGAUUGCAUAGGUGAGAGUAGAGAUGAUAUAGGCAGGGUUGAAUAAUGUCAAGGACCCACCCUGGAGAUGAAUAAGUUUUGAGGAUUAAGUUUGUACCGGCAUGAUGACAGUUUCAGUCAGCCUUCCAUUCAGCUCCAUGGAGGAAGAACAUACUACAGUAGUAUGUAGUAGCAAGGGUUUGCAUUUUAGCUCCUCUUACAUUCUGUCUGCUGCUGCUAAGAACUUGAUCAGAGCAACUCAAAUUGGAGUUUCUUGUAGUAACCAUUUGUAAAUCUUCAUUUUAAAAGCUUCUUGUUUCUUGUAGCCCCGAGGAAAAGAAAACCUUCUUGAAUUGUGCUAGUACAGUUAUGCUUGAUUAUGUUCUUGCGCA